AUGUCCUCAGCGAUGGGCACCUGGCAUACCUGGUCCAUGGGUGAAGCACAACCAGGAAGCAGCAUCCUCAGUGAUUCCGCCACAUAUGAGCGCUCGCUGUAUUUCUUUGUCACCACUUUGGCCUUCAACUUGGUCUGCACGACUCUUGUUGUUCACCAACUGUGGCGUACGCGACAGGGUCUCACUGAGCAUGUCGCGAUGGUCACUCAACGUCGUUCGCGUUAUUACGGAGUUAGCAGACACCAGGUGACGAAAAUGUUUACUAUCAUUCAUUCAGCGUAUUUCAUCUUGUAUAAUUCGAUGCCCCCGCUUGUCGGUUCAGUCUUCUCAUUCGUCAUCUUGAGAAGCGCCGUUCAAGACAACAACGAUGGCACACAUACACAGUCUUCAAGUCUUACUCUCACAAAUUCGAACGCGAACGCCAAUCGCGGAGCCUUGAGAACGCUUCAUUCUCCUCUUCAAGUCCACGUCACCCAUAAGGUCGUCAAAAGGAUGCCAGAGAACGAGUGUUGGGACGCUGAACCUCAGAGAUGA